AUGGAGCCCAGAGACGCGCCCAUCCGAUCCAAAGGCGUCCUUUGCCUCGCACUGGCGCCGCUGGUUCCGCAGCUGGCCCUGUGCGGCUUCCCUUCGCACCGCUGGCUUGCUCCCUCCGAGAUCCGGCUCCGGAGUCCACGGGCCCUGCCGGUGGAGGACACAGUGCACGUGGUGACCCUCCGGAAGCCGGGGGAUCAAGUGCAUGCUUGUGCCUGGAGGCGCUGCUGGACAUGGAAGGAGCGGGUCCUGGGGGACGGCCACGACUUCUUCGUACCGCGGCAGAAAACCACGGCCAAGCUGGCAAAAGCGCUGCUGCGCGAGGAGGGCUUGGAGGAGGUGGCAGUCCUUGGGAACUGCAAGCGCCUGGACAUCUAUGUCGCCUCCGAGAGGAAGCGUGAGGAACUGCCGGAGGUCCUGGCAGCCGCGCUGUGCCGGCAGAUGGCCUGGCACAGAACCUUCGCAGUAGGUUGGCUCUGCCAAGUGCUGGAUGUGCCGGAGGCCGUGGCGGAGCCCGCGGACUGCGAGAAGUUCCGAGGCCAGGUGGCGGAGGAGGCCUUGCGCCUCCUCGCGCGCUUGGAGCUGCGAUCGGGCGAGGAGUCCGCCGCCUACCUCUGCCGUGUGGCGGCGGCGCUGGAGGGCCGAGACAAGGAGAAGUUCGAUCCCUGCAACGCACGGGAGGCGCACAUCAUGCUCCAGCUGAAGCGCAGCCUAGAGGCCGUGGACGACCAUGACGGCCCCUGCGGCCGACGCCUGCGGCUUCUGCUACGCAUGGCCUUGGAGGCGGGGAAGGCGGCCCGCAGUGCGACGCUCCCGGAGCUCGCGGGUUUGGGGUCCAAGGCGUCGCGGAGGGCGGCCUUCGAGGCGGCGGAGGUCAAGGUGGUGAAGCCACAGGUGGCGAAGUGUGUGGCCAAGCUUCGCGGCCUCAGGCACGGGCGGCGCGUGGCCGCGCUCCGCGCCCGCGCGGCGGAGCUGCUGGAGGCCGCGGAGCUGCGCGCCGGGUCCGAAGCGGAGACGCGGGCGCGGAGGCGCGUGAGCCGUUUGCUGCACGCGCCCAGCCUGGCGCUGAAGGCAGGCCGCCAGGUGGACGAGCAGCAACUGCUGCAGCAGCUCAGCUGCAGUGAAGGCUGCGGUGCCUCACAAGACAAGCCCCUUCCUGAGGGCGGGAAGACUGCGGCGGAGCUGGGAGCUAUCAACGGCCCGGGGCUCGCGCCGGGUCUUCGUCCUGAGCUGUUGGCACUGCUUCGGGGCGAGGCGGAGCCGGUGGAGCCGGCGGAGUCGGAGCCGGAGGGCCCGGAGCUUCUCAAGGGCAUGUCUGCGGAGCAGCGGGCCAUGCUCUUCAUCGACUGA